AUGCAACGACUAACUGAUGCCAGCAUGAUGAUUGCCACAUCAUCUUUUUGCAAUUACAGAUUUUCCUUCUCUUAUUCAAAUGUUCUCUAUAAAUCGAAAUGGCAAUUACAAUCACGACAUAAUGACGGUGAUUGUCUUCUACCAAUGACAAUAAAUGAACUUAAUUUGAGUUGGGAUUUCGCAACACCGCAAAUUGUUAUUGGAUUGGAUGAAUUGAAGUCGGUUUAUGUGUAUCUCUUACUUAUCUCAGUUGAGUGA